CACGCCUCCUCCACAUAACUCACAUGACAAUCACUUUCUCAUAGACGGGACUAAUUAUUUAAGACUGGAAAAGAGUUCAGAAAUACCCAGUGACAGAGACAAGACAGGGGCCGUGAAGUGAACAUCACACAUUUCCGGGCUCUCUGUCCAAUGAGAAUGUUUCAGACCGUCCCCGACACGUCGUCUUACGUCAAGGUAAGACAACAUCGUCACUACGAGCAGGAGGCGCUGUCUGUGGUGAGUGAAGACCAGUCUCUGUUUGAGCCUCCGUACGCUGCUGCUGCUCCCUUACCCAAGACAGACAUGACUGCGUCCGGCGCACAGGACUACGGUCAGCCUCACAAGAUCAACCCUAUCCCCCCUCAGCAGGAGUGGAUCAACCAGCCCGGCCGGGUUCAUGUCAAACGAGAAUAUGACCAUAUCAAUGGAUCCAGCAGAGAGUCCCCGGUGGACUGUAGUGUGGGUAAAUGCAAUAAAAUGGUGGGUGGGACCGACGCAUCUCAGAUGAUCUAUACUGGCUACAUGGAUGAGAAGUGUGCUCCGCCCCCAAACAUGACAACCAAUGAGAGGAGAGUUAUCGUCCCAGCAGACCCUUCUCUCUGGUCUCCAGACCAUGUGCGGCAAUGGUUAGACUGGGCCAUUAAAGAGUAUGGUCUUCAGGAGAUCGACACAGCCAUGUUCCACAACACAGAUGGAAAAGAACUUUGCAAGAUGAGCAAAGAGGACUUCCUGAGACUUACCAGCACCUAUAACACGGAGGUCCUGCUCUCACAUCUCAAUUACCUCAGGGAAAGCAGCUCAUCAAUGCCAUACAACACACCAUCUCAUACCGACCAGUCUCCUCGCUUGGCUGCCAAAGACGAUGCGUCUUAUGAUGCUGUACGGAGGGCAGGCUGGUCAAACAACAUGCACAGCGGCAAAGGCUCUCCUACAGUGGUCUCUCAGAACGUGUCCAAGAACAGUGAACAGGCUCGGCCUCAGCCCGAUCCUUACCAGAUAUUAGGACCCACUAGCAGUCGACUUGCCAACCCAGGUUCAGGUCAGAUCCAGCUGUGGCAGUUCCUGCUCGAGCUCCUCUCCGACAGCGCCAACGCCGGCUGCAUCACCUGGGAAGGGACCAACGGAGAGUUCAAGAUGACGGACCCCGACGAGGUGGCACGUCGCUGGGGCGAGCGCAAGAGCAAGCCCAACAUGAACUACGACAAACUAAGCCGCGCCCUGCGCUACUACUAUGACAAAAACAUCAUGACCAAAGUGCAUGGCAAGCGUUACGCCUACAAGUUUGACUUCCACGGCAUCGCUCAGGCCUUGCAGCCCCAUCCCACCGAGUCCACCAUGUACAAAUACCCAACCGACCUGCCCUAUGUGCCAAGCUACCACACUCACCAGCAGAAGGUCAACUUCGUUUCGCCCCAUCCUCACUCCAUGCCCGUCACGUCCUCCAAUUUCUUUGGGCCCACCAACCCGUACUGGAGCUCUCCAACAGGAGGGAUUUAUCCCAAUCCCAGCAUGCCGCGUCACACCAAUUCGCAUGUGCCUUCCCACCUAGGCAGUUACUACUAAAACCCUUCACCUUUCACCCCGCCACCCAUACGCCAAAACUUGAACUGCACUCGAAGUGAAGACAAAAAAGGAAGCUGGAAUUGGAGGGAUUUUGGCCGAAAAGUUAGCAGAAGGAAGCAAAUGUUGAAAGAAGCUAGAAAAGAAAGAGAAAGUUGACCAAAAUGGAGCAAAAAAUGUCUGAUCCUCUUUCAAAUGGAGUACUACUUAUUGGAGGAUGUUCGGUUGGUGUUUGUUUAGGAGAGCGUGUGCAGAACGGGCCAGAAUUCCUUCUAGCAAAUAAGGACCACCUCUAGUACGUAUAAUUCGGCGAACGACCGAGAAAAGAAUCACUGUAAACUCACCCUGUGUGUUUAAUGCAAUUGUGAACCCAGUGUUUAUAUUUUUGGACCUAGUCCCUGCUUCCCUUUGGAUUUUAUCUAAACCCACCUUGGUUACACGAGUUUAUCUUCUCAAGUCGUGACUGAACUCUCUUUUCUAAAGCAAAUCUGGCAACUGGAAAAAAUGUUGGCAUUCAAGCGCCGUUUCUCCUCUUCGCCGGAGGACAUGGCGUCUGAUUGUUUAUUAGGAGCUUCUCAGGCUAGCUGGCUCAAGCUAAACUCUCUUACUCAUCUUUUGCGCUCUUCUAUGCUGAUGACCGAGAUGGCGUUGAUGUGAAAGGAUUGAAGCCUGCUUUACGUUUCUGACGCAUGGUGUCCCGUUUCAUUGGCCAGUGAAAAUCCACUCGAUUUCAUCUCAAAACAGCCAAAGUGUUGAGUUCACAUGAGGUUUAUGUCUUAAAAUUACCUAGUAAGAAGUACCUCUUCGAAAGAAAAGAAAACGAAAUAACAGCAGCAUGAGACGUUAAAACCAGAGAUUCGCGAACGCUGUGCGUUUGUCAGACCUAUUUGCUAGUAUUUUUUUGAACAAAGGUCUACUAGGCAUUAAAAGCAUCUUACUGUAUAAAUUAUGCAGAGCUAUUUUCAUAUGUGACAGUGUUAAGAAUCAUACGAGUUGACCUCGGUCAAAAUGCAAACUUUUUUUAUCAGUUACUUAAGGUAGUUUGUACUAUGUAGGUGUUUUGUAUCUGUACAUAUGGGCAAUAAGUUUAUGAAUGUUUUUUGCUUUUCUAAAGUUGCCAUGACCAUAAGAAAGUUAUUUUGAUAAGUAGUUGAUAUUGCAAAUGCCUUACCAAACAUGCAUAGAGACAAUCUGUUCUACGUAAGUAAUGGUUCCCAAAGGGCCAAAAGAAUGCCUUAAAGCCAAAUCGUGUUACUGUGCCUUAAAAAAAAAAAAAAAAAAAGUGUUCGGACAGUGUUAUACAAGUGUUUCCCCUUGUGUAUUUAGUAGCAUUAAGAAAAAAGAUGAUUGAAAAUUGCCAGCUGUUCAUCUCUUUAAGGGAUCACUCUCAGAUAUGAAGGAAUUGUGCUAUUUUAUAUAUGCAAGUAUUUGGAUAUUACAUUU